UUCAGGUACAGAAAAACCCACCCACAAAAACAAAAUCUCUCCAUCAAAACUGAACCUCCCAUCAAAUGAAGCUAAAAAAAUGCAGUCAUCACAAGAUUGUGAUAAAAGCAGUUUUGCGAAGACCAUUUGUAGCAUAUGCUUCGAAGAUCUCAAGCCUAUCACAGAGGAUCUCCGAUGCAUCUCAACAUGCGGCCAUGUCUUUCACGACCUCUGCCUACAACAAUGGUUUGAGUAUUGCCCUGUUGGGAAGAAGAACAGUUGCCCUAUAUGCAAGCAACACUGUAGCCAGAAGAAUGUUACCAGGCUUUUCUUUCAGUCAAUAUCUGAAUGCAUGCAUCCUGAUGCUUCAAAAAAAUCAUACCUUUCAGGUUCUGGUGAGGUCGAUCAUGCGAAGGCUGAGGCAUUGCAAGCAGAUGUGGCUAAAUUGGAGGGGCAGCUUGCUGCUGCGAAUCGUGCCAUUACUUUGCAGCAGAAAUCUCUUAAGGAGCUAAAUGAGGAGUUGUCUGUGACCAAGUCUUGCAUUGAGAAAUCUGAGGCUGCCAGAGAUGCUAUUCUUAAAGAGAAAAUCGGCAUACAACAUGUGCUUCAAAGAAAUAUUGAAGAACUUUCAAAAUCAACUUCUGAGUGCUCUAGGUUACAGGAGAGGAGUCUAUCUUUGGCCAAAGAGCUUGCAUCAUACAAAUUGGUGUCAGAUUUGGAUUUAGAUGAAGAGGACGUAUUGAGGCUUGCAUCCAUUGGCCAUGGGUCAAACAUCAAUGAUAUCAUUGAAACUCUCAAUAGAUCUCUUGUUCUUCGCAAUAAGAGAUAUAAAGAGUUGAUGGCCCAAUGCAACUUGCUGGGACGGGGAGAGAGUCGUUCAUUUCAAAAGUUUGAGAGGGCUAUUGAAAAGAUUAAGAAGCUGAAGGCAAGAGUACAAGAACUAGAGAGAGCUCUUGAAGAGAAAGAAAACGAAGCAUUAAGGUCCCUGACGAUCUCCAAAGGUGUAGAGAACAGUGCUUAUCUGAGCAGGUUUGAGCUGAAUUCAGUGAAAACAAUUGCUCCUGUUGGUUUAUCAACUAAGAAGGAAGAGAAAUCCGUUAAACCCAUCUCAAUUGAUGUCGAAUCUGAUGCUUGUCUCAUCAUAGAUGGCCAUGGGGGGAAUCCUUCUACAGUGCCUGAGACUCCAAGCACUGGCUUGGAACCUCAAAUUCAAUCACGUAUUUGCAAGGAAACUGAGGCCCACAAAACUAAUUUGAUAGGACCAUCGACAAAAAAUAUGCCCCCCAAAUCAGGGAAUGUAAAGAUGGUUGAGAAUAAGAGAGAUGGAGCAGUUAACAGGCCACUUGAUACAAGCUUGCAGGAAUCACUUGUUGCUGAAAGCUUAGAAAAUAUAUCUUCCUUCAUUCCCAUUACGAAGGAAACUUCAGUUGUCCAUAUUGAUUCGAUUUCAACUCCUGGAUUUAUUGGCUCAAUGGGAUCAAGCAUGAGAGCUAGUGCAAAGUGGUGCAGGCCAGCACAAAGUGAGGCAUGUUCAUCUGGAUCGUCAAUUCCAAGACAUGGGGUCAGUGGUGAUCUAAUAGCUGUUGGAUCAGAUGGCAGGGGUGGAAGGAUCAAAGUAUUAAGAUCCCAGAACAGCUUCUUUGAUGUGGGGCAUGAGGGGUCAUUGUGGGAAAGGGCUCCCAAGAGGUGCAAGAUUGGUGCCAAGCAAGGCAAUAACAAUAACAACAAUAACAGUAAUCAGUCUCGUGGCUGCCACCAAAUUGAGCAUUAUUUUCAAAGAUCAGCGCGAUGAUGGAAGGCUGCAUGUGCAUGCAUGUUCUUUUUGUAAAUGUAAAUUUGUUAUUUUGAAUUGGAGAUGCCCAUUUGUAAUUGGGUUGCCAGCAAGCAAACCAAUUUAUUCAUUUUGCUAUGCUAAUGAAUAGCAUGCAAAUCAACUGUGGUUCUCUUAACAGUUUACACAACGGAUAAUGGAAAUCCAAGAUUGGCACCAUGCUGCCAUAAGGAAUGCCAAUGCAACUUGUACGCUUGUAUAAGUUUAUUGAUAGUGAGAUUC